UUUAAUAUUACAAGAGGAAUUUCUCGAAUGAGUUAUAAACGUUAUGAAAAUAGGUCAUUUUUUCUUGCCCUAUUUCGUCACAUACAAUCAUUAUCACGUCGUGGAUGUUGGCAAACUUCCUUUGAGUUCACUAAACUUUUACUUUCUUUGGAUCCGAUAAAUGAUCCUUUAUGUACGUUGCGUUUUAUUGAUUAUGUUGGAUUAAAGGCUCGUCAAUAUUCGUAUGUGCUAUCUUUGCCAAAUGAUUGGAAUUAUCAUGAUUUACAAAAUUGGCCAAAUUUUGCUUAUUCUGCCGCAUUGGCUCAAUUUCAAUUGGAGCUACAGAAGGAUAGCAAGAACCCUAAAAAUGAUGUUAGCACAGCAAUGUUGGAAAGGGCUGUUCUAUACUUUCCUUCAAUGGUACUGUUUUUGGCCGAAAAAUGUGAUAUUCAACUUGAUUCUGAUGUUGCCGAGGAUCCGUUUCUUCAAGAAACACCAACUUCAGACUAUCUAUGUUUAUUGAUAGAUCUUUAUGUGGAUCUAGCUUCACCAUUAUGGGCACAACCUGAAGUUAUUAGUUGGCUACAAACUGCUUUAUUCAACGUAUUUGUGAAGCAACAAAUUCCAUCUUAUAAAGCUUGUUUAACCAAUGAUGAAUUUAAUGAAGCUUUUGAUCACGGAAAAAAUAUCCGGGAGAAUUUAUACAAUGAUCAAAUUCCCUUGGAUUUUAGUCGAUAUAUUGUCGUUUCAG